AUGAAUAUUAGCAUCAUAAUAUUUUCUGUGUUAAUUGCUGUGAUAUGUGUGCUUCUAGCCCUAGUGCAAUACUAUUACAAUUUAAAUGUGAAGAAACUAACGGCGCUGCGGCGCGCCGACCACGUAGUGGAUCCGUUCUUCCGCGAUUUAAUUAUUUCCCCAAGAGAUUCACUAGCUAUAGAUUUUGAGCAUGAUGAUGAACUCUUACAUGCCAAAUUAAAAGAGAAAUCAACUGCAAGAAGUACUGAGUCUGAAGUGGAGCAGUGUCUGAAAGCUGCACUGGCUUAUAAAAUUACUGGUAAAGUACACAAAGCCCUUAAACUGUUUGAGCAUGCUGCUGUCUUGGCACCAAAUAAUCCAGAUGUUCUUAAUAAAUAUGGAGAGUUUCUGGAGCAGUAUCAAAGGGAUGUCAUCACAGCAGAUGAGUUGUAUUUUAAAGCUUUGGCUUAUGAUCCUGAGCAUGAAGAUGCGCUUACCAAUAGAAGGAGGACAGCACAUGUGGUUGAUCAGAUGGAUUACCUGAUGUUUAAACACAUAGAUGAGAAGAGGGUUUUAUUGAAGAAUACUCUGCAUUUGAAAAAUAUAGAUCUGGAACAGAAGAAACAAGCAUUUUAUCUACAUAUCUAUCAUACUGUGGGCAUUGAAGGAAACACGAUGACAAUAAGUGAAUUGCAAUACUUGUUAGAAACAGGUCAAACAAUCAGCGGCAAAAGCAUCGUGGAACAUAACGAAGUACUCGGUUUGGAAAUUGCUCUAAGAUACGUGAAAGUACUAGCAAAUAUUAAGUAUAUAGAGUUAUCAGACAUCUUUGAGAUUCAUCGUCGUGUUAUGGGCCAUGUGGAUCCGCUUUCAUCAGGAGUAUUCAGAAAUCAACAAGUAUUUGUUGGUAGUCAUGUACCACCUCCACCAGAAGAUCUCCAAUCUCUAAUGGAAGGCUAUAUUGAAUGGUUAAACUCUGAAGAAGCUCUUAGCAUGCACCCGGUUCGCUUAGCUGCGUUAGCGCAUUAUAAACUAGUUGACAUUCAUCCAUUUGCGGAUGGAAAUGGUCGCACUAGCAGGUUGAUAAUGAAUUUAAUACUUCUGCGUUCUGGAUAUCCGCCAGUGAUAAUUUACAAAGAAGAUCGGGUCAAAUAUUAUGAGUAUUUAACUGUUGCGAAUGGUGGCGAUGUGCGACCAUUUGUUCGUUUUAUUGCUUACUGUACGGACGAAACUCUGAAUACUUAUCUGGGGUUGAAUAAUCGCCUGGAAGUCCAAGGGAAGCAGCAAAUAGGAAAUAAAGUUAUUGAAAUUGACGGUGUGCAGACGGUGUAGCACAAUUUACGGCUAAGCAAACUAGGCAAUUGAACUUGUUUUGAUGUAGAUGUUGACGUGAAUAAAAUAUCAUGCAUUUUUA